GCAUUGAAAUUUGAAAACACGUGAAUUUUUAAAAAGUAAACAUUUGAAAAUGACAGAAUUAAAAAAGAAGAUUAAGCGUGAAUUAAAGGGUGAAACGGAAGCAGGACCAGACAAGAAGAAAGUCAAGGCUGGAAACUUUAAAGAAAAACCAAAGUUUGAUGGAAAAACUAAGAAAUUCGAUGGAAAAUCGAAAAAUUAUGAUGGAAAAUCGAAAAAUUAUGAUGGAAAAUCAAAGAAUUACGGCGAUAACAAGUUCCAGAAGCCAAUAAGUCAUGAGCCACCAAAACAGAGCUGGAAUGAGAUAAAGCAGCAGAAGAAGGAACUUAAAAUUAAGCGAAAAAUCAAUAAAAAUAAGGACAUGUAUGAUCUGGAUGUUAAAUGCAAGAAGAUCUAUGAGGAAUUGAAGAUGAAAAGCACAAAAACGAAUAAGGAACAACUAUGUGAAGAAUUACAAAAGUUGCUAGAAAAUGCAGAUUACAGUAAAUUAAGUCAUAGUCCAGAUAGAGCACGAAUCAUUCAAAUGAUGUUAAAGAAAGCAUCAUUAAAGAUUAAGCAUGAAAUAGCUGAAAAAAUUAUUCCAUUCAUUAAUGAUGUUGCCUUGUCAAAGUACGGCAAGUUCUGUGUGUCAAGAUUAAUGACAUAUUGUGGAAAGGAAGUUCGUGAGAAGGCAGUCAAUGGAAUGCUAUCAAAUAUUGUGAAAUUAACAACUCACAACUUUUCUAAUGGACUAAUUGACAUGAUAUAUCUUAAUCAUGCGACACCUGAUCAAAAGAACUUUAUGAAACAAGAACUUUAUUCAGACUUGUAUAAAAAUGAUAAGAACAAAGCUGUCAAGACGUUAAAAGAUACAUGGACUGGCUCAGAAAUGAUGAGAAAUGGAAUAUUAAACAGCACAAAAAUGAAUUUAACUAAAAUUGCAUCCAAGAAUCAUGUUGAUAAUAGCUUAGUUCAUGCUGUAUUGUUGGAAUAUUUAGAAGCAGCUGAUGAGAAGGAUCGUAAUGAAGUCAUUACUGCCUAUAUUCCACACAUUGCAGCUAUUGCAUCCACUAAAUGUGGUUCUCGUGCUGCAACACUUUGUUAUCUGUAUUCAGUCGCUAAGGAACGUCGUGCUAUGUUGAAAUCAAUCAAGGAUCACAUUGUUAAGCUUGCUAUUCAUGAGCAUGGACAUGUUUUCGUCUUGGAAAUUCUUAAUGCUACUGAUGACACACUGAAUAUCAAGAAGACUUUAUUCACGCAAAUUGUUAAGAAUAUUGAAGAAAUAGCAUUAACUGAAUAUGGCAAGCGAGUGAUUUACUUCAUUGUAUCACCAACAAAGGAGUUUUUACAUCCACAAAUACUUCGGGAACUAACAGAUGACCUUAAAAUUGGUGCACAAAAGAAGGAUAUUGAAAUCAGACGUAAAGAACUUGUUGAUGGCAUUGAAAGUGAACUGUGUGCAGCCAUUAAGGAGAAUCCAAAAUUCUGGAUUCAAGGAGGUCACAUUGCUCGAGUAACAGUAGCAAUUCUACAAAAUGUAAAUCCAUCAAAUGAGAAUCAAACAGCUUCAUUUGAUGCAAUCAGUGAAGUUAUUUGUGAUCCAGAAUGGAUGGUAAAUGAAACGGAACCAAUUACAGCACACGAAGAAAAGAAAGAACUUGUAGACACUGGUAAAAUCAAGAAAAAGAAGAAGAAUCCAAUAGAAGUUAAGGUUGUGGAGAAGGAAGUAGCAUCAGUUAAAGGAAUUGAGCACAGUGGACUUCACAUUGCAAUUAAGAAACUUGCUAAGCUUACUGGAUUCGCUAACUGUUUUAUUAAACAUUUCAAUGAAGAAAUUUUGCAAGAAUGGAUUAAAAUAAACCGAGCAUGUUUCGUGAUUAAUGAAAUUUUGGAGCACUCUGAGGACGAGUCAAAGGCGAAUUUGAAGGAAAUGCUUGUAGGCGUUAAGGAUGAGCUUACUAAACUUUCACAUGCUGGAGCAAAAGUGUUGAUUAAGAAAUUAUAAAUGGAAAAAAAUUAAUUAAUUAAUUAAAAAUGGAAUUAAACAAUAAAGAAUUAUUUUGUUCUUAAAAUUAUAUGUAAUCCACUGUCUGUGUCCACAAUUCCACUCAUUUCGCCAACUUUGAGUCCAAAAGCAGCUUCUUCGAAUUUUGCUUGCAUGACACCUUUCUUGAAUCGUCCUAAACUGCCCCCCUUCUUGUAUGAGCUACAGUCUGAAUACUUUGAUGCCAUUUCUCCAAAAUCAGCUCCAUCAUCAAUUUCCUGCUUAUAUCCUUCGAGCAAUUCACGAGCUUCUUCCUUAGUUCUUGUAAUGUUUUCUUCGCGAUGACUUGAUGGACGACGAGAUCCAGCAUGUUUAACUAGCAAAUGUGCAGCCUCAACUUCAGAAAGUUCAUUUGUUGCCUUUUUCGUCGGAAGUUCCCAUUGCGAUUCU